AUGACCGAUAACAAGAACUGUGGAAGGUGUGGGAAUGUGUGUCAGGAGACCGAUGAGGCUAGAUAUACUCCUUGCCAGAACUUUGCUUAUAGUUCACAAGACGCGCCACAGGCACCCGCAACGAACACCGCCCAUAACCCACCUCCUGUGACAAUCCAGAAGACCCAGGUUGCUCAGAGUUCUCCGAGCGGUCCUCCCUCGAGCGUUGGGACGGCCCCAAUUACUCUCUGUCAGUGGCUAUCCCAAGACAAGAUUCUAGAGUUGUGGAAGUCUCUAACGUUCAACCCAAAGCAGUCCGGUCUGCAGCUCCAACUUCCAGUUCGCAACCCACCAAGCAUUCACCCAGUUCACUUUUUGCGGCCCCCGCGGGGCAGGGCGGGGCAACACCCAAGGGAUUUGGAUCCAACAAUGUGA